UGUUGCAAAAUUGGUGAUAAUGGCCGACAAUACAUCAUCCACACAGACAACACAACACAACACAACACAAACGCCAUAAUCAUUUUCUUCUCUUUGCAUUGCAUUACACAACUCCUCCAUCUAUAACAAUUCCACGUUAUUUGUUGCUUUCUUGUUGAUGGUGUUGUUGGUGGGGUCCUCUUUUACUAUUCCAAAUCUCAAAAACCAGGAUCCACACAUUCCUAAAAUCAACCUUAACCCCAUGAAUCAUUCACUUCUUUUUCAAUCCACCCAGAUCUUUUCUCACCCUUUUCGAUUUAUUCUCUUUUUUUAAUUACUAUAUGUCUCUUUAAUAUCUGAUUUACAUGUUUUUGUGUUGUUCUCAAAACUACCCUUCAUUUGAUUCUGAGGCCCUUUAGUUGUUUCGAUGUAAAGUUUGAUACUUUUUUCAAAUCUGGGUCACUUUUGAUUUUUCCUAUUUUUUGGGGUAUCAAUUUUUUUUUUAAUUAUUGUUCAAUGGGUUGUUUUGAUGAGGGUCAUUUCAAUGGUGAGGUUGAAAAUGGAGUGAGUAGUAUUGCAGAUGAAGCAAAUACAACAACAGUUGCUAUUGAAGAUGCUGUGAAGGUUCUGUUGUUAGGUCUUGGUGAAGAUAUUAAUAGAGAAGGUCUUAAAAAGACACCACUUCGUGUUGCAAAAGCCCUACGUGAAGGAACAAGAGGUUAUAGACAAAAAGUGAAGGACAUUGUUGAAGGUGCUUUAUUUCCCGAAGCUGGCCUAGAAAAUAAUAAAAUUGGUCAUGCUGGUGGUGCAGGCGGACUCGUGAUUGUCCGAGACAUCGACCUUUAUUCCUACUGUGAAUCUUGCUUGCUACCUUUCCAAGUCAAAUGUCAUGUUGGUUAUGUCCCUUCUGGCCAAAGAGUUGUCGGCUUAAGCAAACUCUCGCGUGUGGCCGAAGUAUUUGCUAAACGACUUCAAGAGCCGCAGCGUCUUGCAGACGAGGUGUGUUCAGCUCUGCAACAGGGAAUAAAGCCCGCAGGUGUUGCUGUCAUUCUUCAGUGUACACACAUUCACUUUCCCGACAUAGAAUCGAUCUUUCUAGAAUCAAACCAGAAAGGAUGGGUGAAAAUACUCGUUUCAUCAGGUUCUGGUGUCUUCGAAAACAAAAGCGCAGACGUAUGGGCCGAUUUCUUUUUCCUUAUUAAAUCUAGAGGUGUUGAUAUGGAAAAAAUUCAUCUUCGAGGAUCGUCCGAACAAUGCUGGUGUCCAUCUCUGUCUGCUAUUUCCACAAAAGUUUCCUCCAAAAUCGGGCCGGUCAAUCCAGCUAUGGUUGCUGCAGUCUCUUCAAUUCUAAAAUCUUUGGGAGAAGAUUCGGUUAGGAAAGAGCUAGCAGGGACGCCUAAUCGAUUUGUGAAAUGGCUGUUGAACUUCCAAAGCAUUGACAUGGAUGUAAAACUGAAUGGCUCCCUUUGUGGUCGGAUAAAUUCUUCGAAUUCCAACAGGGAGGUAAACAUAAGUAACAACAAACAAAUAUACUCGGAGUUGAACUUGCCGUUUUGGUCACAAUGCGAGCAUCAUAUACUUCCAUUUCACGGUGUUGUUCACAUAGGAUACUUCCUUUCAGAAGGAUUCAAUCCGAUCGGAAAAUCACUUUUACAAUCGAUAGUACAUUUUUACUGUUUCAAGCUUCAAGUUCAAGAAAGGCUAACAAAGCAGAUAGCAGAAACCGUUUCGCCGCUUUUAGGUGGAAAUGUAAUAGUAGUUGUAGAAGCAAGUCACACAUGCAUGAUUUCUAGAGGAAUUGAGAAGUUUGGUAGCAGUACAGCUACCAUUGCUGUAUUAGGAUGCUUUUCAACUGACCUUGAUUCUAGGACCUCAUUCUUGCAAAGUAUUGCAAAUGCUACGUCUUCUGGAGGGCAAUGAUUAAUCUUAUUGGAUCCUUUGUGUCUGCAUAGUAGCCUUUUUGUUUAUAAAAUCUGAUGACAAAGAAAUUUUUGUGGGUAGGCUUAGAACUAGGGUUUUAGUAGCCUUAUCCUUGGGCCAGCCCUAGAGUGAGCCACUUUGUCCAUGAUCAAAUUUUAUUUUCUGUUUUGUUUACAAAGGUUGAUACUCGUCUUCAUUAUUUUAUGUAAUGUGGAGGUUCAGAAACGAAAAAUUUAAACCUGUUGAUGUGCUUGCAAAUGCUUGACUGCCAUGGAAAUGCAGGGGUUAGCAUCUAUCAGUUUUGAAUUGGUUAUAUGAAUAUUGUUCAUUAUUUUA